AGUAAAAAAAAAUACCGACUUGGGCAAGGCUAAAGACACUUAAGGUGACAACAUUUCAGACAUAUCAAUAUCAGAAAUCAAUACCACUGGAUAUGGCAUUGACAUUGGAGGGACUAACAUAGGUAUCUUAGCAUAUGCAGAUGAUAUUAUUUUGAUCGCCCCAAGCUCAGAUAAUCUACAACAACUACUCAAUAUUUUUAAUGAAUGGUGCAAAAAGUGGAGAGUACGGAUUAAUAAAGACAAAACCAAAAUAAUGCAUUUCCGCCCCAAAAAUGUAAAUUGAUGCCAGAAACAAUUUAUAUGUGGUGAAAUAACACUUGAUUACACACAUGAUUAUAAAUAUCUUGGACUGUAUUUUAAUGAACACCUAGACUAUAAUGAAUCAGUAAAAAUACUCUCAAAAUCUGCCAGCCGAGCUCUUGGAGCGGUGAUUGCCAAAUUUAAAUCCUUUGGAGGAUUUCCAUAUAAAGUAUACACAAGACUUUUUGAAACUAUGGUUCAGCCAAUUCUCCUAUAUGGGACUGGAAUAUGGGGUACACAACAGUAUUCAUGCAUAAAUGCCAUACAGAACAGAGCAUGUCGUUAUUUUCUCUGCCUUGUGAAAUGUAGCACCAAACGUAGCCACCACCGGAGACAUGGCAUGGCCUUCAAUUUACACUAAACAGCGUGUGGAAAUUGCACGUCUGUUCUGUAGGCUAACUAACAUGGACCACGAUCGUCUCAAUAGGAAAGUCUUUAUAUGGUCAUCAUCAUGUACUUUUCUAGGACGAUCAAAGUCAUGGGAAAUGCUGACUACCUUGUUUUUUGAAUCGUCUGGAACAGAAUACUUCAAUGAACCAUAUAUAUCUAAUGUAAAGACAAAACUUCAAGCCUUCAAGCAACUGCUUAUUUCGGCGGAUCACACCACAUGGAUGCAUAAUCUUUGGGAUGACAGCAAAGCUCCAAUGAAUGGUAACAAGUUACGUACCUACAGGCUACACAAAACACAUGCAGUUGAACCUGAGGGUUAAAACCAGCUGAGUAGGAACCAGAGGAGGCACAUAGCUCAGCUUAGAUCAGGGACACUGAAAAUCCAUAUAGAGACUGGCAGAUACUGUAGACCACCAACUCCCAUUGAGAACAGACUUUGUUCAUGUGGAACAGGCUCAAUUGAAGAUGAAAGACACAUUCUUUUAUCUUGCAAAUAUGUAUGAACAACAAAGGCAAGAACUUAUAAACAAAAUGAAUAUUCUAUACAGUGACUU